AUGAACCCGCCCCGGCGCAGCCCGAGGCCAUUUCAGAGCAAGGGCUUCGUUCUGAUCCCCGUCUGUGGGGAGGAGAGAGCUGCAAGCGCCGAGGUGGACAAGAGGACAGCCGUGGGGAACAAGCACGGCGGGCAAAGAAGCCCGAAGAGGGCACUCUCUGCCGGGAGUGCCCCCGGCCCCGGCCGAGCGCUGCGAGGGAGAGGAGGCGGCGCCGAGCCCGGCCCGCGCAGCCUCGAACCCCGCCCCGUGCGCGGUAAGCGGCUCGCGCAGCGUCCGGGCCACGCGGGGAGGGGAAGUGCGGGCCGGAGCCGGGGCUUGAGGCGAUGGCAGCGGAGAGGUUGCUGCGAGCCCCACCGAGCCGGCCGGGAACCGCCCCGGGGGCCGCGCAGCCGCCGCUUCUCUGGGCAGCCUGGGCCAGCGCCUCCCCUGCCUCACGGGGGGACGUUUCCUGCUGAGAUCUCAUCUCGAUCUCACCUCUAUGAGCUGAAAACCAUUCCUUUGACGAGGGAGCACAACUCUCAGCUCAACGGAGGAAGGAUUCCUGUCUGUGGUGUUACCUUUCAAGAGCCUGAGAAUGAUCCUGGCAACUCUUGCUACUUGUGGGCUGUUCAGUCUACGCCAAAAAGGGGAGGUGGUGUCUUGAGUUUCCGGCUGUUGCAGUUAACCUUUGGUAAACGAAGAUGCGUGGCAUCAGGACAAGUCAUGUAUGAAGGUUUGGCACGCUGUGAAGAAAGGUUCAGUUUAGAUCUCAGGGAUGGAAACUUCCCCUGGGCAGGGCAGAACAGCAAUAUGAAAUUACUCGGGUGUCAGACGAUAGAAAGUUUCAGUGAUGAUGUUGAUGAAGACAACAGCAUUAAUGGAGGUUUGUUCUGAUAUCCGUGUUGGGUUGAUCUGCUGGAGGGAAGGAAGGCUUUUCCUUCCUCUGCGGGGAAAAUCAUAGAGCCCUACUUUGCUUACAUCCAGAGAACGCACUCUCGCCAGAGAAGAGAGAUCAUGCAAUUUCUUGAGAGAACUGUAACAGUGUGAAUGUUUUAUGUUGGAAUCUUGAUUUGCAUUUCCUGGUGGUUGAGUUUGGGGGUUUUCUACCCAUUUUGUGUGAUAAGAGUGUUCUUUUCUCCUGAAUCUGCUGAGAAGGAGCUACUCUUGAAAGGUGUCACUGAGUCAGCUGUGGGAAUUGGUUGUGCCAUUGGAGUGAUACAAGCGGAUACGAUCACUAUUUGUCUGCUUUCAGAAGGGGACAAUGUCUAUGUUCCUAGCAUGUUUUUUGCUAAGCAGUUCAUCUAGCUGAAUGUCUUGAUCAACUCUUCACGUAUGGAAAACUUAAUUAACUCACGACUGUGUGUUUGGUUUGGCUUAGCAUGGAUGCAAUUUGAAGAAGAAAAAGGGGCGGUGUGUCUGGAACCCGUCUCGGAGCUGUUUGCCCUUUGUUUGACGCUUGUGCCCUUUGACAAAUGUUAAAUGAAUGCAAUAGUAACCAAUGAUUGUUUUACAAAUGUAUAACCAAACCAAUCAAGUUUAGUGAAUGACUAAGUAGAAUGUAGUGAAAGAUACAUAAACCGCAACUGUUAUCAAUAAA